AUGUGGUACUAUUUACGAAGGACUGUCUCGUUCUUUCUCUCGCUCGGGUUUUUGACCCUCAUCUUCCUCGGCGCAUUGACGUGUACUGCUGCCACGGCGGUAUCCGACGCGAUAUCUCGACUGAAGGGCCACAAGAAACCUGCGGCAAGGGUCUUCGAAGCCGAGGAACAUAUUCGCAGAUUGGCGCGAGCGGAGUCGGCCAGGAAGUGGGAUAUCCGGCAGCAGAAGAAGCAUGUGGAUGAAGAGCAAGGACCCCAAGAAUGCCCACCACUGGAAGGAGGGAAAGAUCAGAUCAUAUGCGACGUCGCCUACUACGCCAGACGGGUCGGUCUCGAUGUGGAAUCUUUCCGGGUUCAAACCGAGGACGGCUUCAUAAUUAGCUUGUGGCAUGUGUACAACCCUCAGGAGUAUGCGGCGCUCUCUGCGGAGCAAAGGCGCGAACGUGGACCCUCGGUAUUUGGCGAACAGAAAAAGUUUGAUUCUCCACGCGCAAAUUCUAAUCGCCGAUAUCCCGUACUUCUGAUUCAUGGCCUUCUCCAAAGCUCCGGUACCUACUGCACCAAUGAUGAUGACAGCCUUGCCUUCUAUCUCUGCAAAUCCGGUUACGAUGUCUGGUUGGGAAAUAACCGGUGUGGAUUACACCCCGAACAUACCAGCCUGUCGACUUCUGAUCCGCGAAUGUGGUCAUGGGAUAUUCGACACCUCGGUACUCUCGACCUAGCAGCUCUGACCUCGCGUGUGCUCUACGAGACAGGCUUCGAAAAGCUUGGCCUAGUGUGUCACUCACAGGGAACGACCCAAACGUUUGUCGCCCUGGCGAAAGAACAUCGCCCCGAACUUGGAGAGCGGUUAUCAGUAUUCUGUGCUCUUGCACCGGCUGCAUAUGCUGGGCCUCUCGUCAGUAAAUCAUAUUUCCGCUUCAUGUCGAUCAUGUCGCCAGAUAUGUUCCGCCUCUUCUUUGGAAUCCAUUCUUUCAUCCCACUCAUGAUGACUGUACGCCGAGUUAUCCACCCCAAAAUAUACGGAACGCUCGCUUAUUGGGUAUUUUCGUUCCUAUUCGGCUGGUCCGAUGCACGCUGGGAACGCGAUCUUCGCCACCGCAUGUUUCAAUUCGCACCUGUAUACGUCAGUGCAGAGACCAUGCGGUGGUGGCUUGGAAGUGAAAGUUUUGCAAAGCAUAGAUGUAUUCUAUCGACGACGGAUGAGAUGGAAAACGAUCGUCAAUGUGGUAGGAAAACCGGCACUGACCACGGCGAUGAUCCCGCCGAUGCCUGUCUUGGUGGCCCGCAAAAUAAUUAUUGGUUCGGUCCCCAAGUUCCUCCAUUUGCGUUAUGGAUUGGUGGUUCCGAUUCCCUGGUGGAUGGUCGGAAGCUUCUUGAUCGGUUGCAAUCUGACUCCGAGCCGCAUGUGCGACUCGUUCAUUCGAAGAUCAUUGAUGAGUAUGAACAUCUUGAUGUCUUGUGGGCUAUGGACGCAAUUGAGAAGGUGGGGAAGGAGGUUCGCCAGGUCCUUUGGACGACGAUGCCCGAGGAAGCACGCAAGGUCUGCCGUGUUCCCCGUGACAUCAACCAGACCCUUCUGGAAACGGAAUAA